UUUACUUAUAAUUCACAUGGCAAGCAGCAGGUUUUGCUUGAAGCUAUGUAUUUGUCCACUUAUUUAUUUGGCAUCAUUAAUCUAGUACCUCCUUGAGACCUUCUUCAUGACCUAGAGAAUGGUGGGGGCCCUCUGGUAGUUUAAUAGGAAGGAUAGCCUUUUUCUCUGUAGGGGAAAAUUUCAUAUUUGAGGAGAACUGUAAUUCUUUGGGGUUCAUUUAUUUGGAAGUCAAAUAUGACUGUGAACAUGCUGGCAUGCUUUAAUUGCAGAGGAAAGUGGUCACAUAUGGUCAGGGGAGAAGCCUGCCCCUGCUCUCCAGAUGGGGGCUGUGUACAUGAGUGAAGAGGAGCCCUCACAUGGCCCAAUGGGCCCGGACAUGUCAGCAGAAGAGGCCGAUGCAGUGCUGGGGCUGGACACCGAAGGCGACCACAUGGUGAUGCUGUCUGUGAUUCCUGGGGAAGCUGAAGACAAACUGAGCUCAGAGCCUAGUGGUGGUACCUGUGAGGCUGGAGGGAACGAAGUCUCUGGGUACGACCUUCGGGAGAGCCUCUUUUCUCUGGACAGCGCUGGAGCCAACAUCCCAGAUAGAGAAGAGGAGGAUUACACGGAGCCAGAAGCAGUGGAAGCUGACCCGGCCCCCACAGAGGACUCCAAUCACACCGACAGCCAGAAAUCUCCCAAGGUCAACUGCGAGGAGAGAAAUGUCACCGGGCUAGAAAAUUUCACCCUAAAAAUUUUAAAUAUGUCACAGGACCUUAUGGAUUUUCUAAACCCCAACGGUAGUGACUGCACGCUAGUCCUGUUUUAUACCCCUUGGUGCCGAUUUUCUGCCAGUUUGGCCCCUCAUUUUAAUUCUUUGCCCCGGGCAUUUCCAGCUCUUCAUUUUUUGGCCCUGGAUGCAUCUCAGCAUAGCAGCCUGUCUACCAGGUUUGGCACUGUAGCUGUUCCAAACAUCUUGUUAUUUCAAGGAGCUAAACCAAUGGCUAGAUUUAAUCAUACAGACCGAACAUUGGAAACACUGAAAAUCUUCAUUUUUAACCAGACAGGUAUAGAAGCCAAGAAAAAUGUGGUGGUAACUCAAGCCGACCAAAUAGGCCCUCUUCCCAGCACUUUGAUGAAAAGCGUGGACUGGUUGCUUGUAUUUUCCUUAUUCUUCCUAGUUAGUUUUAUUAUGUAUGCUACCAUUCGAACUGAGAGCAUUCGGUGGCUAAUUCCAGGCCAAGAGCAGGAACAUGCGGAGUAGGGAUGGACUGAAAGAAGUUGGAAAGAGGAAUCUCAAUCCUUCAUUCAGAAAUUAGUACUGCAAUUUCAUACAUUUUCUCCAGUGAAGAGUUGACUUACAACUUCGAAGAAUCAUGUGUUCGUUGAAUUGUUGAAUGUGUAAAAAAAAUUAUAAACUGGUGUUUUAACUAGUAUUGCAAUAAGCAAAUGGAAAAAUACUCAGAAUUCACCAUUCUUGUUUUUACUGCUUGAACAUAAUCCAGUAUUUUAAGGGAGAAUCCAGUUUGAAAUGUGAAGAUGUAUUUUGGUGGAAAAAUGAGUAGAGUGACAAUCUGCUUACUAUAUAGGAGGCAGAAUAGGACUUUCAGAUUAGUUUUAGAAAACUCUUGAUUCCUUAAAUGUCUAGAAGGUUGUUUUUUUGUUCAUUUGCAGUUUCUCUCUCAGACUUUAAGCAAGAAAGUGUUAUGGGAAAAAUAAACUAGAAUUGAUGUGUGACCUUGUAAGUAGCAACUGAUGGGAAAAUAAAACGAGUCAAAUAUCCUGUU